CCCUACUUCAUAUUAGACGUCACUUCCGUAAGAAAGAGAAACUUACAUUUGUGUUGUUGGUGUACAAUUAUUUAGAGGAAAAUGGAUGAUUCCUUGUUUCAGCUAAAGUUUACAACCAAGCAACUGGAAAGACUUGCUACCAAAGCAGAGAAAGAGCAAAAGAAAGAACAAGCGAAAGUUAAAAAGGCUAUUACUCAGAAGAACAUUGAUGGUGCAAGAAUAUAUGCGGAAAAUGCCAUCCGAAAAAAGAAUGAGUCCCUCAACUACCUGAGAUUUGCUGCAAGGAUUGAUGCUGUUGCCUCUAAAGUGCAGACUGCAGUCACUAUGAAAGGGAUAACCAAAAGCAUCGGGGAUGUCACAAAGGCAUUGGAUAAAGCCAUGAGUUCCAUGGACUUACAGAAGGUUGAACAAAUCAUGGAGAAAUUUGAGAAACAGUUUGAAGACCUGGAUGUUAGAACAUCAACGCUGGAGAGUGCUAUGAGCACAGCCACCACGCUGUCCACGCCCCAGGACCAGGUGGAGGCUCUCAUACGCGAGGUGGCAGAGGAGAACGGUCUGGAAGUCAUGGACCAGCUCAACGAACUCAACCCUGCAACCUCUACACUGCGAGAAUCAACAAAGGCAAAACAGGAGGACGAUCUCUCUCGAAGGUUGCAAGCGCUUCGGAACUGAUUUUAGCUGUGAUACCUCUGUACUUUUAGUUUAGUUGGAACCUAUGUCCAACUCUGUAAAUAUAUCUUUGUAUAUAAUGUAUGUAUACAUGUAUAAACUAUGAGAACAUCACGAUAUUUGCAUAUCACAUAUGAUAUCAGGAGUCUAACAAUCUGAUAGAAGCCACUUGCUCAGCAAGUCUACCACUGACACAAUCGGAUCAUACUUACCUAGUAGUCGUUCUAAGUUUCUCUUAUCAAGAUACAUGUAUGCUGUGAAUGCCAAAUACGGAAUGAAAUUUUUUUUUUUUUGAUAAAAAAAAGCUGUCAAUCUAAAUAUUACCAUGGCGUGCACCCACAUUGGCUGGUUGAUGUUAAAACCAUUUGUGAUUUCAAGGAUCAAGAAUGUACCAAUUAAAACAUUUUUAGAGUUGUGGUCUUAUUAACUGUUUGUUGAUAACUAUUUGUUGUCAAUGUAAAUUAAACUAUUUAUAACAUUUAA